UCACGACUCUCCGACAUCGUUGUUUAUUUGGAUCUUCGAAUGCCACCUGUCUUUUAACCCUGCGACGUCCUGUCUGUGUGUAUGGCUCUAGAAAACACUGGCUUUUUUCAGCACUGUAAUUCACGUCAGACACGCACAUUCCAUCCCGAGAAUCCUAAAUUAGACCGCUCUUGCCUGUACGAGACGGGCAUGAUAGUGUAGACUCGGCUGCAUCGACAGGGCCACCGGAUUUCCACGGGACGCGAUCCUAGCAUGGAAAUGGUCAACCUGAAACAGCAUCGCAAGAUGAACCUCCCAAGAUCGACCCAGGUAACCAUUUCACACUUCACAUUAAAAUAUUCGUUUAAAUGCUUUUGAAUAUUGAUCAAGAGAGUGUGCGUUAAGUUCAAUAGAUAGCCUGUCUGAUCGUAAACGUUCUGGAUAUCACUGUAUGUUUUGUCACACGUUCUCCAUCCUCUGACAUUCUGCUCAGCUAAUGAUGCUGAUGCAGUAUACAUGGACUUCAUGAAGAAGCACUGUUGCUACGAUGCCAUGCCAACAAGUUGUAAACUAGUCAUAUUUGACACCACACUUCAGGUGAAGAAGGCAUUCUUUGCUUUAGUGGCAAAUGGCUUAAGGGCUGCUCCCCUAUGGGACAACAAGUGUCAAAGAUUUGUAGGUAUGCUCACCAUCACAGAUUUUAUCAACAUUCUUCACCGCUACUACAAAUCUCCCCUGGUUCAGAUCUACGAGCUGGAGGAACACAAGAUUGAGACUUGGAGAGGUGAUUCAUCUCAAAACGUUUAUCUUCAGUGCUGUAACCGCUGCCUGAUCAGUAUCACACCUGAUGCCAGUCUCUUCGACGCCAUCUACUCCCUGCUGAAACACAAGAUCCACAGACUGCCUGUCAUUGACCCCAAGUCAGGAAAUGUGCUACAUAUUCUGACACACAAGCGCAUCCUCAAAUUCCUUCACAUAUUUGGAGCCAAGAUACCAAAGCCUGGGUUCUUGCAGAAAACUGUAGAGGAAGUUGGCAUCGGGACUUUCAAAGAGAUAGCCACUGUGCAAGAGACCGCCACACUUUAUGACGCCUUGUCUGUGUUCGUAGAGCGGAGGGUGUCUGCCCUGCCAGUUGUUGACAGCAAAGGAAAGGUGGUGGCUCUGUACUCCAGGUUUGAUGUGAUUAAUCUUGCAGCACAGAAGACUUACAACAACCUCAACAUGACCAUGCGGGAGGCUGUGCGGAGGCGGACUUGUUUUGUAGAGGGAGUCAUGAAAUGCUAUGGCCAUGAGACCCUUGAGACGAUUAUCGACAGAAUUGUUAGAGCAGAGGUACAUCGACUGGUGCUGGUGGAUAGGGACGAUGUGGUGAGGGGCAUAAUCUCUCUCUCUGACCUGCUUCAGGCCAUGGUCUUAACCCCAGCAGGUAUUGAUGCUCUCUCGUAACCUCUGGUUGGAAUUACUCGCCUUUCAACCUCCACCUAACUGCCCCUCCCCUAUCCCAGAUAUUGCCUGCAAGUAAGACAAGUUGACAUCUUUUGAACGGCUUCGUGACUGAUGGAAAGAGAUGGGAAGAUAAUUUCAAGAGAUUGAAGGCAACCGUUUUUAAAUUAAUUUUUAAAUAAGCAUUUGUGUGUGCUUUUGUUUGCUCAGAUUAAUUUCACAAUAGGCUACAGAAGGAAAGGAAGACCCAAUAACAAUUAAUCUGUCAAGAUCCAAAAGACAAGACAAAGCAAGGCAAUUUUAGAGCUGAAUAUAAUAAAUCAUAAGCCUACUUGUCUUAUUAAAUCUGUCUCAGUGGAUCAGACUGACUUACUGUUUUGUUAUGCGAUAUUGUUGUGCCACUACAUUAUUAUGUUUUUCUAAUAAAUAUUUUUCUAAAAGA